AUGGCAUCCGCCGUUUGGGGGGCGCGUGGGCGGAUGGGCAGCUCCUCCAGCAGCAGCGGGAGCAGCAGCAGCAGCAGCGCCAGCAGCAGCAGCAGCAGCAGCAGCAGCAGCAGCAGCGGCCUUUGUGUUGUAGGAACUGCUUGCCGCUUUGGCAGCAACCGGGACUCUGUUUCUGAAUCUGAUAACCGCCUUAUAAAGAUUGAGGUGAAGGGUGAAGAAAUUCUUGUAGAUCGCUACGAUGUGCGGCUGCUGCUGGGCGACGUGGCUUCCUUCGCGCGUCAGAACUGCAGCGAAGAACGGCGGCUUGCGGAGCUGCAGGAAAGUUCCGAGAUAGAAAGCAUGCGCUACGAGGACCUUCCGCGGCGGUCGGCCUUCUCCGACGAGCUGCCGCCGGCGAAGCAGCAGCAGCAAGAGCAGACGCAGUGGACGCCUACACUGGAGCAGCAGCAGCAGCAGCAGAGGAAAAAGCAACGCACGAUGAGUGCAGCACCAUCUUCUGCAGCACCGCUCGGAGACGCUGCCCCGACCCCGGACGGCCCCGACUACAGCGCGGUUCCGCCCCCAGACGCUCUUGAACCCACCGCAGCAGCCACAGCUGAGCCGACGUCUUCUGCCGCGUCGGAGCAGCGCGAACACGACGCUGCAGCGGCAGCAACAACAGAGGAGGGAGCAGAAGAGCAGUCUCCGGAGAGCAGCAGCUGCGGCGCUGCAGGCCCAAAUACCCAGGCCGACAAGUCUCCGAAGCAAAACACCCAACAGCCUGGCAAGCAGCAGCAGCAACACCAGCAGCAACAACAGCAGCAGCAGCAGCAAAGCAAAGACUGCUUUGUUCCCCCGUUCUCAGACCUGCCGACGGAUAUUAGCCUCCCUGAAAAUCUGAGGGAAUAUUUAGUGGUUGAGCGCACGGCGCAUUUUGUCCGAGAGGAGGGCGAGCGAAUGGAGUUUCGUUUGCUGCUGGACGAGGAGAGGCGGCUGCCAUUUCUGGCUUCUAGUCACCGCCUGCACCCCUUUUAUACUUGGCUUAAGAAACAGGGACACUCUUUGGUUACAUGCGGGGCUGCGCUGCUUCCACCCCGCAUAAAGGCUCUGCUUGAGUUCGCCUAUUCUCUCGGUUGCACAGCGGACCUGCACAAGCAGCAGCAGCAGCAGCAGCAACAGCAACAGCAGCAGCAGCAGACUGCAGAGGUCAAAAAGGAAGAGGAAGAAGCCCACGAGGUACAACAGCAGCAACUGCAGCAAAAGCAACAAUCACAGCAGCAGCAACAGACGAAGCAGCAACAGCAGCAGCAGGAACAGCCGAAGCACGACCCUGACGGUGGGCUGGGGUUGCUGCUUUCAUAUGGCAGUGACGAUGACGAGGAUGACGCUGAGUCUCCUCAGCAGCAGCCGAAGGAGGAGGAGCCGAAGCAGCAGCAACAGGAGCAGCCAAAGCAGCAGCAAGAGCAACAGCAGCAACAACAUGAAAGCGAGCAGCAGCAGUCCCAGAGUAAGACACAACAGGACGGCAGCGUGAAAGCGGUCCCCCCACAAGCAGCGCCGAUACUAAAGAAAAAACCUCCUCCUGCCCCGCCUUUGCCCCCUGCUGCACCGCCGACAGCAGCAGCUGCGGCAGCAGCAGCAUCCCCAGCAUCCGCGACAGCAGCAAAAGCAGCAGGAGCAGAGGGGGACGAUGGUAGCGACAAUUCGGAAGAGGAGAAUUCGGACUCUGACGGUGAGGGGGGCAGCAGCAGCAGCAACUCGAAGGACUUGACAGCACUAUGGAGAUCUCUGCGUGUAACUCGUUUCUCUCUUAAGAAAAAAAAACCGCAAAGCAUAUCCAUAGAACGCGAAGAAAACCUUGAAGAAGAAGACAUCGAUGCAAUGCUGGAUGCCCUACCCACCAAAUCCCCUUGGGCCCAGCCAAACAACAAACUGGGGUUGUCUAAGGCCUCUGCUCUCGCCAUACAACAGCUGGGGUACCAGCUGCUCACUGCAGGAGACGUGUCGCUGGUUCAGCAUGCUAAGACGUACGAAGACGAUGCUUCUCCCUUCCCCUUUCUUAGGACCUCCUCCAUGGACCUCCGAUACUUCAGAUACGUGCUGAAGUGUGUGGAGGCGGAGAUUCAAAAGGAAGGAUUCAUCAAACCCCAGCCCCUGCCAGGACCUACUCAUGAAUGGGCUCGGAGUUUCAUGGCGCGGCUGCAGCUGAAUCACCACCUGCAGCAGCGGAAGCAGAAGCUGCUGCAGGAGUGCAAGCGGCUAUCAGGCGAAGCGCAGGAUAACCAAAGUAUUGAUUAUCUGAAACGAGUGGAAGCAGCAGCAGCAGCAGCUCCUGCUGCAGCAGGAUCCGGCGACGGUGUCAAAAAGAGCUCCACCGACGACGCAGCCGCAGCAACGCCAGCGGUUGCAACAGCAAUGCCAGCUGUUGCAACAGCAACGCCACACAACUUCGGGGUGGUUGCAGGACAAUCAGCAGCAGCAGCGCCAGAGGCGACAACAGCAGCAGCAACUACGAUGGCCGCCGCUGACCCUAGCACUACGGCCUAUUUUGCUGCAGCACAGAGCCAGAUUUCCCCCGAAGCAGCAGCACACUUGCAGAUGUUGGUGCAGCAGAUGGCAGCGGCAAGCGCCGCAGACGAUGCAGCAACGUACAUGGCAUGCUACACGGCAUAUUGCUACGCACUUGCUGCUCUGUCUCCAGGGGCAACAGCAGCGGCGACAGCAGCAACAGCAGCAACAUCAACAGGAACAGCAGCAGCCGCAGCAACAACGUCAGCUGCAGCAACAACAGCAACAACUGCGUCAACCCCUGCAGCGACCUCGUUGGAGCUGGAGACCGCUGCUGAAACGCCACAAAAGGCUCCCCCGUAG